UUUCGUUGAGCUUUUUAGUACCAAAGGAUCUAACUUUAUUACUUUGAUUAGUCUUCGAAGGAUUUGUCUUUCAUCUGUAAGAAUCUAGAACGCGAGAUCGAGAGAGAGAGAGAGAGGGGGGAGUGCAAAUCGGGAAAUGACGGCGGCGAUGGUGCUGAACGUAGGCGGAUCGGCGGCGGAGAGAGACGCCAGGUUGGCGCAUUACGCGAUGGCGUUUGUUCAGCUGUUUAACGGAGGGUACCAUGUGAUUACGAAAGUGGCUCUCAACGUUGGAGUCAACCAGCUUGUCUUCUGCGUCUGCCGUGAUCUUCUUGCUCUCUCUAUUCUCGCUCCUCUCGCCUAUUUCCGUGAAAGGAGGACCAGGCCUCCGAUGACUAGAAGCCUUCUCUUGUCAUUCUUCUUUUUGGGCUUAUCAGGGGUGUUUGGCAACCAACUGUUGUUUCUUGUUGGUCUGACAUACACAAAUCCAACUUAUGCUGCUGCCAUUCAACCAUCCAUACCGGUCUUUACCUUUCUCUUGGCUGUAAUGAUGGGUACAGAAAGAGUGAACUUGAUGAGAAUCGAAGGUCAAACUAAGGUUGGAGGAACACUUGUUUGUGUUUUGGGUGCCGUAUUUAUGGUUUUAUUUAGAGGUCCGGUCUUGUUAGGAGAUAAAGAUGCAGACUUUGCGAUGCACAAUGAAAUCAGCGCCAAAGGCCAACCUGAGCCUACAGGGUGGUUAGUCACUGGCUUUCUCGACCUUGGGUUUGAGCAGUGGCACAUUGGUGUUUUAUGCUUGAUUGGAAACUGCAUGUGUAUGGCUACUUUUAUUGCUAUUCAGGCGCCGGUUUUGAAGAAGUAUCCGGCAAAUCUUUCGGUUGCUGCAUUAUCAUACUUCUCCGGUACAGUACUAAUGGUCACAACAGCUUUCUUUAUGGUGAAGGAGCCAUUAGAUUGGAAGCUAACACAAGCUGAAGUUCUCGCAGUUAUAUAUGCAGGAGUUGUAGCGUCAGCACUAAACUUUGGGAUGUUAACGUGGUCCAAUAAGAUAAUUGGUCCUGCCUUGGUUGCUCUCUACAAUCCUCUUCAGCCUGCUGCAUCAGCUUUCCUAUCGAGAAUCUUUCUCGGUAGCCCUAUCUUUCUCGGAAGCAUUGUGGGUGGGUUCUUUAUCAUCUUAGGACUCUACAUGGUCACAUGGGCAUCGUUUAGAGAGCGGAAAGCAAUGGCUUCAGGGAUUGUGAUACCGUCUCAUAGUGCAAGAACCUCGGAGCCUCUGAAGAAGAACCCAGUCGUUAGCAGAAUAGGGCAGUUGUUUUCUGGAUUAGGGAGUUCCUCUAUGAAAUCUGCAGACUAAAGAAAGAAACCAUAAAGUUAAAAGAAGCAGAGCAGAACCCAUUUUACAAAAGAUUUUUAACUUUAUUUUUGUUACAUUCAUCUCAUAUUAAUACCUUAUUUGAUUCCCGCUAUAUGUAUAAAUCACAGAUUCACAAUGUUUACUCCAAUGCUACUUCUAUCUUUUUUUCUUCCUUUAAAUCUUAAAGAUCAGCUAAUUCGUAUA